CUGCAACCAUUUCCCAUGUGGCCUGAGAUGCUUUUCCAGCGCAGGACCCACUAGCCAGGACUUGCCCCAUUUGAUUUGGCCCAGCCUGGAAAGCUCUGGCUUUAAGACAGAAGCAAACACUUUCCAGGGUCCUUCCUCACACAUGUGGUCCGCCUCUCGAGUUCCCCCGCGUCUUACUGCCUUCCGGUAUUAGACUUCAUGCGCUCGCGUCGCUAUUUUGCAGUGAGGGCACCGUUUGGAAGGAAAUUCAGCAGGAAAAAUGAAGUCUUUAAGCCACUCCCAACUUCUGCACCCUCUACUGGGCCGGGAACUCAGUCCAGCCUUGCUUUCACUCCCUCGUGGCCCAAGAAGACUUUGUUUAAAAGAGAGUCUCCCAUAACACACGGCCUGUUUGGAGACAUCUCAAGAGAUGUUUCAGGAACUGCUGAGGAUGGAGUGAUUUUUCAGAAAUGUGCCGUGGUGUCCGGGCAGAGCGAACUGCAGACAGCUCAGGUAAGACUGCUCGUGGACAACACCAGGACCCCCGUGGCCACCAACCUCUCCGAUCUGCUCCUGCUCGACAACAUCACUGGCCUCUCCGUUAGGGAGUCAGAUGGAAACCAGACCUCAGCAGGAUUCCAGGCUUUCAGAAAGAAGUUUCUUCAAGUGGGAGACUCCUUCUCGGUCAGCUACACAGCCUCCAUCAAGGCCGGAGAAGUGGGGAGCGGAGAGGUUCUGAUGCUUCCUGCCCAGCUCACCUUUCAGAGCUCAGCACAGAACAGAACCCAGCUAAAAGCCCUUUUCACCAUAACAGCAGAAGAAAAGAUAAAGGUUGUCCCAAACCAUGGCCUUCAUGUGGCAGGAUUCUUCAUAGCCUCCAUCGUCUCCUUCGUGCUGACCUGGGUCACGCUUUUCUUCCUGGCUCGAUAUCAGUGUUUGAAGGGAGGCCUGCCCACCAGACAUCAGGUUCAGCAUCAUGAGAGCAAGCUGGAGCACUCCCAGUUCACCUCAGCUGAUGGUGUCAAUGAGGACCUCGCUCUCAAUGACCAAAUGAUUGACAUUCUGUCUUCAGAGGACCCCGGGAGCAUGCUUCAAGCUUUGGAAGAGUUGGAGAUUGCCACCCUGAAUCGGGCAGACUCAGACCUAGAGGCUUGUCGAACCCAGAUCAGCAGAGACAUCAUUGCCCUUCUGCUGAAGAACCUGGCCAGCUCUGGCCACCUGUCCCCCCAAGUAGAGAGGAGGAUGGGGGCUGCUUUCAAAAAGCAGUUUCUGUGGCUGGAGAAAGAAAUUCAAGAGGAGUAUGAUCGGAAGAUGGUGGCCUUGACGGCUGAAUGUGACCUGGAGACGAGGAAGAAGACAGAAAGCCAGUACCAGAGGGAGAUGGCGGCGAUGGAGGAAGCAGAAGGGUUGCUGAAACGCGUCAGCGAGAGGUCUGCUAUGGAGUGUAGCAGCCUCCUGAGGACCCUCCACGGCCUGGAGCAGGUGCACUUGAGGAGAUCUCUGGCUCUGCAGCAGGAGGAGGACUUUGCCAAGGCUCACCGGCAGCUGGCCAUUUUCCAGAGACAUGAACUGCACAAUAUCUUCUUUACCCAGAUAAAAAGUGCUAUUUUCCAAGGGGAACUGAAAGCAGAGGCAGCUAAAAUGCUGCUGCAGGAUUACGCUGACAUCCAGGAGAAAUUAGAAGAGUUGAUGGAUUUUUUCCAGGCUAGUAAGAGAUACCAUCUAAGUAAACGAUUUGGCCACAGGGAGUACCUGGUUCAGAACAUGCAGUCAUCGGAGACCCGUGUACAAGGCCUUCUGAGCACUGCUGACACUCAGCUGACCCUGUUCAUCCAGAAACAUGAGAGAGCGGGCUACCUGGAUGAGGAGCAGAUGGAGACGCUGCUGGAGCGCGUUCAGACGGAAGUCUUCUCCAUCAAACAGAAGCUGGACAAUGACCUGAAGCAGGAGAAGAAGAAGCUGCACCAAAAAUUAAUCCUGAAGCGAAGACGAGAGAUGCUGCAAAAGCACAAGGAGCAGCGGAAGGAGCAGCUGUCCCUCGGGGAGGCCCUGCGAGCUGCCGAGGACGCCAGCCAGUACCUGGGCCGGUGGGGGAGCCUGCUGGCUGAGCACAGCGCGGCGCUGGAGGACCUGCAGGAGCGUCUGGACCAGGCCGCCCUGGAGGAGCUCAGGGCCCUGACGCUGUCGCUGUCCGAGAAGGCCACCGAGGAGCUGCGGCGCCUGCAGAACUCGGGGAUGACCCAGGAGCUGCUGAAGCGCGGCGUGCCCUGGCUCUUCCUGCAGCAGAUCCUGGAGGAGCACAGCCGGGAGCUGGCUGCCCGGGCCCAGCAGCUCGAGGGGGAGGAGAGGGACAGGGACCAGGAGGGCGUCCAGAGCGUGAGGCAGAGACUGAAGGAUGACGCGCUGGAGGCCUCAACGGAGGAGCAGGCGGAGCUGAGACGCUGGGAGCACCUGAUCUUCGCGAAGCUCUGCUCCUCGGCCUUCUCCCUGUCUGAGGAGGAGCUGCUCGGGAUGAGGCAGGAAGUUCACGGCUGCUUCGCUCAGAUGGACAGGAGCUUGGCCCUGCCCAAAAUCCGGGCCCGCGUCCUGCUGCAGCAGUUCCAGACUGCCUGGCGAGAAGCGGAGCUCCUGAGGCUGGACCAGGCCCUGGGUGCCCCUGAGCUGCCGCAGCAGCCCAAGGUGAGGAAGCCGCGCUCCAAGAGUAAAAGCAAGAUAGACCUUUUGAGGAAGAGCAUUGAAGACAAAAUACAGCUCUUUGAGGAACAGGCCCCUGAAGACCUGGUUGAAAAGGUCCGCGGAGAACUGCUUCGGGAACGCGUGCAGCAGCUGGAGGCCCAGGAGGCCCGCUUCGCGGAGUCCCUUGUCUCCCUGCAGUUUCAGAAGGUGGCCAGGAUGGCCAAGACCCUGUGGGCGUACACCGCCCUCCUGAGCGUGCAGGACCUGCUCCUGGAGGAGCUGAGGGAGUCUGAGACCCUGACGAAGUUGGCCUGCGAGCAGAUCCUGGGGUCACACAGCCCGGAGCUGCAGGAACUGGAGAGGAAACUGGAAGACAAGCUGGCGCACCAGGAGACGGCCCAGCUGCAGCGGGCUCUGGCAACCCGGCAGCAGUGGGCCGGCGACGGGCCCGGGCUUCUGGGCGAGCCCGAGGACUCAGGCUCUGAAAGGCAGAUCUCAGCGGUCCUGCAGCAGGCCCUGAGCCAGGGCCGGAAGUUACUGGAGCGCCACCAGCAGAGCUGGAGGGAGGAGCGAGACCACAACGUCGUACUUGAAGAUUUGCUGGAGAAUGUGGAGCUCGACACCUUUGCGGCCCUGUACAGCCAGGAGCUGAGACUGGCGUCGUACCUGUCCAGGCUGGCGAUGGUGCCGGGGGGCACGCUGCGCCGGCUCCUGAGCGUGGCUUUGCCCACGGCCUCGCAGUCCGAGCUGCUGGCUGCGCUGGAUCCAGGCAGCCAGAAGCAUCCGGACCACAUGGUGGAGAAUGACGGUGGUGGGGAGCAGGCCGACAUGGGCAGGAGGAGGAAGCACCAGGGCUGGUGGCAAGCCCUGGAGAGCCGACUUCGAGGAGAACUGAUAAGCAGAGGCCUGGAGAAGAUGCUCUGGGCCCGCGAGAGGAAGGAGAGUAUAUUAGAGAAGACAUGUCCCCCUCUCAGAGAGAGGGUGGCAAUGCCUGGAAAAGGAAGCUGGCCACACCUGUCCCUGGAGUCCAUCGGAGAACCGGCUGCUGUGCCCAUUGUAGGGGCAGAGACCAUUGAUUUAUUAAACACAGGAGAGAAGCUCUUUAUAUUCAGAAAUCCAAAGGAGCCAGAGAUCUCAUUGCAUCCUCCUCCCAGGAGAAAGAAGAAGAACUUUCUGAAUGCCAAAAAGGCCACUUGGGCCUUGGGCAUGGACUAGUCCCAAGGAAGG